AUGGGACCAACUACCAACCCUCUCAUGCUCGAGCUGGCUACCGCGGAAGAUGUCCCCACCAUCUUUGACGUCUGGUUCGCGGCCUUCACGCAACCGUCAAUCAGGAAGCUACUCCCCGACACUCCUGGCAUAUGCGAGUGGCACUGGGACUGGCAUCUGGGCAACUUACAAGGCCCAGCACCAAGAUAA